AUGACCUCAACAAAUCCGGUGGUCGGUGAAGCACUACCGUCGGAAACAAUUACAGAUGCUACUGCUGAGAUGACGACCACGACGGUUUCUUCUUCUUCUUUAUCGACGGAAGCUGGGGAAGCACCGGAGAAGAAAGUGAGGAAAGCUUACACGAUCACUAAGUCCAGAGAGAGUUGGACUGAAGGAGAGCACGAUAAGUUUCUGGAAGCUCUUCAAUUGUUUGAUCGGGACUGGAAAAAAAUAGAAGACUUUGUUGGUUCAAAGACAGUUAUUCAGAUCAGGAGCCAUGCCCAAAAAUACUUUUUAAAGGUCCAGAAAAAUGGGACUUUAGCACAUGUGCCACCCCCUAGGCCUAAGCGCAAAGCUGCUCACCCAUAUCCUCAAAAGGCAUCGAAGAAUGCUCAAAUGUCGCUUCACGUUUCCAUGACUUUUCCUCCUCAAAUAAAUAACCUUCCUGGCUAUACUUCAUGGGAUGAUGAUACCUCUGCAUUGCUAAACAUAGCCGUAAGCGGGGUUACUCCACCAGAAGAUGAACUUGAUGCUUUUUGUGGACCAGAAGUUGUUGUUGGAUCAAAUGGCAUACAAAAUGAGAGUAGUCCUUCAGCAUCUGGUAUAGGAAGCUCAAGCAGAACACUAUCAGAUUCCCAAGAUUUAAGACUGGCAAAACCAGCUCCCUCAAUGCAUGGUCUUCCUGAUUUUGCUGAGGUUUANUACCAUAUCUCCUUUCUUUCCGAAACCAUGAAUAAUUCUACAAAGCAAUAUCUCCGUAUGUGGCAAAAGACAUGCGUAUCUGCAUUCCAUAUUGAUCAAAUCGUUAGCACUUAG